CAAAGGAUUUAAUGUUUUCCGCAAUACCAAAUAAUGGAAUAAGCUCUCUGGAACUUAAGAUUUAUUUGAACGAUGCAAGUAUUAAUAUCAGUGAUAGUUUUUCUCAACCAUUUAUUGGUUUAAUUGCUAUUGAUGCAG